AUGGACGCAGAACCCCCCACAGCUGCGAGAGUUGGUGUUUUGCACCAAUAUUCUGCAGGUCUCAAUUGUUUUGAAUAUAAAUCAGACACGGCCAGCAAGGCGAAACCUCAUGCAUUGCUUCUGAUUGCGGGGCUCUCGGAUGGACUGUGUACCGUACCAUUUAUGAAUGACUUGGCUGGAUCUCUUGAAUCAACAAAGUGGUCCGUGUUCUUUGUCAUGCUCUCAUCCUCGCAUACCGGAUGGGGUAUGAGUAGUCUUGACAAGGAUGUGGAAGAGCUGGGACGAUGCAUCGACUACGUCAAAGCCCUCAAAGCGCGUGAAAACCAGGGUGAAUCCGAGCUUGCUAAGAUUGCAAUAAUGGGGCAUUCGACGGGAAGCCAGGAUGUUUUGCAUUAUCUCUACACUCAGGCUCCAGAGCAGACAAGGCCAGCAGUGGACGGCGCUAUUCUCCAAGCACCAGUCUCCGAUAGAGAGUCCACUCUCUCCAUUCUCGAGACCGGAACCGCCAGUGACUCUGCGGAGGUUAUAAACGAAAUCUUCUAUGAAUUGGUUGAUGUUGCGAAGUCGAACCCGAAUGAGAAAGAUAAUGGCUACAUUUUGCCCAUUGCUCUGACGUCACGUAUUGGGUUUCCGUCGAACGUUGCGGUUAGUAGCAAGAGAUUUUUGAGCCUAACCAGCCCAGAUAGCCCGGAAUCACCCCUGGAGGAUGAUCUAUUUAGCUCUGAUCUUGAAGAUAAAAGACUGCAAGAGACGUUCGGUAUGAUUGGAAAACGUGGCUAUUUGAAAGGAUCAAUCCUUGUGUUGCCUGGCGGUUCUGAUGAAUAUAUUCCAGAAUGGGUGGAUAUGGAGAGUUUAAUCAAGAGGUGGGAAACCGCUACUAAGGCCGGCAGUGAUAAUCCCGCCAUCUGGGACGAGAGUUGCGGCGUUGUCCCUGGAGCAAGACACUCUCCACAAGGGAAAUGGCAAGUUAAGCCUAUACAGGACCUGCUCUCGAGAGUUCAGGGAUUUCUCACUAGACUUGAAAAACAUUGA